GCGGACGGAGCCCAUGCGCGGGCCCAGCCGGCGCCGGUCCGCGCCCCCGCCCUGCCCCGGCCCCGGCCCCGGGGGCAGUCGCUCCAGCAAGCGGUGGGGCAGGAGCUCCUGGAGUGACAGUCCCUAUAGAAGCGAUGACAGAAUACAAGCUUGUGGUGGUGGGUGCUGGAGGCGUGGGAAAGAGUGCCCUGACCAUCCAGCUGAUCCAGAACCAUUUUGUGGACGAGUAUGACCCCACCAUAGAGGACUCCUAUCGGAAACAGGUGGUCAUUGAUGGGGAGACAUGUCUGCUGGACAUCUUAGACACAGCAGGUCAAGAGGAGUAUAGUGCCAUGCGGGACCAGUACAUGCGCACAGGGGAGGGUUUCCUCUGUGUGUUUGCCAUCAACAACACCAAGUCCUUUGAAGACAUCCAUCAGUACAGGGAGCAGAUCAAGCGGGUGAAGGACUCAGACGAUGUGCCAAUGGUGCUGGUGGGGAACAAGUGUGACCUGGCCGCUCGUACUGUUGAGUCUCGGCAGGCCCAGGACCUUGCCCGCAGCUAUGGCAUCCCCUACAUUGAAACAUCAGCCAAGACCCGGCAGGGCAGCCGCUCUGGCUCUGGCUCCAGCUCCGGGACCCUCUGGGACCCCCCGGGACCCAUGUGA